CAAAAUGACAAAGUCCAGUCAACCGACCCUGUUUCACCCUACAAGGAGCAGUGGCUCUCUCUGGGAAGCUCUGGGUGAAGAUGCAAGUUGACCCGUCGUCAUCUCAGCAGCGACCUGCUUCUCAGCCAAAGCUGAUCUCACGACCCUUUGUCGCUGGCGCUGAGGUUGGUCCGGGUCCUGCUCUUCCGAGCACGAGUCGGUUCUUCAAUGGAUCAGGCUCGAGCUCGGACUCACACGAUCGAGUCAAGGCGUCCAGCUCGAAGGGUCUUGUCAGACCAUCUGGACCGUUACCUCCACCAGGCAGCGGCAGGUACCACGGCUCAACAACAUCAUCCAAUUUCGCUUCCUCCUCCACGACACGUCCGCUCAAGCAUGAUGAUCACCCAGUGAAGCCUCAGCCCAAUCGAUCCAAAUCAAUCUACCUCCAUUCCUCUUCCUCCUCUUCCUCUCGUUCACUCUCAUCGCGUCCAUUACCACCACCUCAGCAACGUUUGUCUGCCACACAGGAUGCAUCUCGAUCCAAACUGUUUCGCAUCUCUCCAGGGCCUCGCGUAAUCCCAUCCUCACAAAGGCAGAUCAUCGUCGUUCCGGAUUCAGAUGAUGAGAUUCAAGAACCAGUGGAACGAGAAGGAUCAGACGAGUCCAUACCGAGUCUAGCGAGAGCUCUAGGGCUCGGAGACACAUCUUCCUCCUCCUCCUCCUCCUCGUCCAAGCUCAACACCAUCAAGUACACCAAUAAUCCUUCCAAAUCCUCCCCUUUACAUUCCGAUCAUCCCGACAAAUAUCCAACAUCUCCCAAAAAGCGAGUCAAAGACGUCUAUCGAUCUCUAGGUGAAGGGCUCAAGCGGACCAUGUCCACUACGAAGAUUCAACACCCAGAUUUCCAAUUAGGGCUCGGGACAUCCGCCAGACCUAUCGAAGUCCUCUCUCAAUCAUCUGGAUCUUCCCUUGAUUCUCUGGUCCUAGUCCAAUCCCCUCCUAACACUGAGCGGCCCUCACAACUCCCACGGAACAUACCGCGACCACCGACCACGCAGAUUGAACCACAGAAUUCGGGUCCUCGCGCAGUGAACUUUUCCAACAUGUCAAAAUUGGCUCGGAGGAUACCCAAACCGCCGAGACCCUCUGAUGGCGUUUUCGCUAUGCCUCAAUCCACCUCUAGACCUGCGCAACAGCAACCAGACAGAAUCUCAUUUCCCAGUGGCUCUCACAAGUCCGCUGACCUGGAGAAAGUCAGGGUUGUCAAAGGCGACGACAUGCUCUUAAAGUCAUCGGCGUCGUCUUUCUCCUCCUCCUCCCGUCCUUCAACUUCGCAUCAGCAUGUUCCUCCCGCAUCAGCAACCAACUACAAAUCUCCCGUCAAAGCCAUGAAGAGGUCGUCAACCACUUCGACCAGUUUUCCCUCCAGCUCUUGCACCACCCCAAUGAACGCUGAGGCAACGUCCACACACUCCCUGCGCCGUCCAACGUCGUUCUAUGCACACGCCCCUCAGUCCACAAACCCCAACCCUUCACCCUCCCAACGAACCAAAAUUGACCCGUCUCAUCCUGCGCGAACAUCGCCCUCGGCGGGUAGUCGACUCAUUCUGCCGUCAAGCUCGUCUCGUCAAGGCCCUCGUCGAUCAGCGGCGGCGACGAUCCCAUCCCGUCGAAUAGAAAGACCAAAACUGAUAGAAGAUGAAGAAUCGUAUCGACCGGCUGCCAAGAGAGCCGUCCCAGCAUCCCCGGAAUUGUCUGCGGAGCACUCACGACCGAAACGUGCGCGACCUGAAGAAGGACGAUACGUCAUUCCUACGAUGGACGCUGAGAAAUGGCCAACCUCGAGCGGAACGUUCGGUUCAGGGUCCAGGUCUCGACUCGCUCAACCUCGUCCGGCGAGAUCAUCCACUCUGGCAUCGACCAGCGUCAGGGCAAAGUCGCCACAGAAGCGGCUUCGAAACAGUUCUAGUUCCCUGUCGCCCGCCCCGCCGACUCAGCCGGCUCGUAUGGGCAAUCGCGCAUCGAUCUCGAAGUAUGGCACCUCGAGCGGCUCGCGCAUGGUCAUUGGAACAUCUCAGAAUCCUGCAGAGGCCCGGAGAUAUGUACCUUCUCCCUCAGUACUGGUAUCGAUCACCAAGAUGAAGGUAGACAGAUCAGACGGUCCUGAUGAGGAAGCGCAGGAAGAAGUAGAGGAAUCGCUCGAGAUGCGUGCCAUCACUCCGGCAAGGGCUGUCACUCCUGCCCUCGAUUUGCUCGCCGACUUUGAAGACUUUGUUUUUGAGCCCGAAUCUCCCACGACGGUGCGAUCCCUUCCCGGCAGCCAGAGAGCCAUUCCUCAGACGCCGAACAGCCAUAAAGCGGCAGACAAGAAGUCACACACAUCUGACACCGCUGCUUUGCCCGGUACACCUUCACGCGUAACAGCCUCCGGUCAACCAUCACUCGUCACUCCGAAAAAGUGCUUGACGCCUCAGAGGCCAAAGUCUGUAAAGAUCUCGCCCCGAUAUGUCAAGACUGGCGCCAUUGGUUCGCCGCUUGGGGCGAAGGACAAAAAAUCGUUCAACGACAUCCUGGCAGCGGCGGAGCUGCAACGAGCUGCGGAGCGAGCAGCUAUGCUCCUAAAACAGGAAGAACGUCGUCGUCAAAUGGCCGAAUUGAGCGCCAAAGUCGAGCGCGAGGCAACUGAGGAAGCUGAGGAUGAAGAUAAAAUUGAGGGUCUUGGGUGUGCGCUUCUACCGGUCGAGCCGGAGCCGUCGCGAAUCUCUUCGAGACUCAGAUCGGCCUCUCUCGAUACGGAUGUCAAACCAUCUUUGAGGCCCACGCCGAGUUUGCAUCUCAAGCGAAAAGUCCCCAUGGAGUUCGAUCGAUUGAUGCGUGAGAAUAAGCGGAAUGAGAAGAGGGGUGUAUCGGGUGCUCAGACUGAAGCCAUCCUCGCUGCCAUCAACGAAAACGAAGACGAAGAACAGGUGCCGUACCCUACACCUCCUGUCUCCGGCCAAGGAGAGGAGGAAUACGACGGAGAAGAGGAAACGGACUGUGAACCAACCAAAAGAGCACGUCAGAUCUCCGGAUCUUCUUUGACCGCGGCGUUGGCGGAUGUCCCACAAGGCCUGAUAGAUGCCGAUAUGGUCAAGGAUAUUGAGGCCGACGACCAGACAGAGCUCAACAGGGACCAUGUACAAUCUCAGAUACCUUUCUGGGCAGGACCGCAGGAGAUUGACCUGAACCGAACUUUGGAGCCUCCUGUCCUUGAUCUUGGACCCAAGGUCGAUUGGCGUGGGGAGGCGUUGAUUGGCCUGAGCCAGAAACAAGAUGUUGCCACGAUCACUGUGUUAUUAUCUGCAGGUCUCUUUGACAGGGUGCUUACAGCAUCUGAUGGUGCCGAUCAACUUUAUUCGUGGCUGAUCAGAUGUGCUCUCGGAUAUCCUUCUGGCCCUAAGCUUCUCGCGAUCCGCUCUGCGCUCUGCUACGUGUCGCGGCAUCUACCACAUGCUUCACGAAUCGAGCUGCCUAAAAUCUGCCUGUCACUCUUAGAGGCUCUCGGCGCGAAUCCCGUCUUGCUGCCACUGGCAAACGACAUUCCAGAAUGGGACGAUCCAAUCAGCCUAGAUCGCGACAUGGCAGCGGAGUUGAUUUGUGAAUUGCUUGGUAUAACCACCUGGGACCAGAUCCCGGAAUCACAUCUACGGUCCAUCAUCGACUGUGUCUUGGUGUUGCAUCAUCUGGCGGCUGACAAGUCGACAAGUGGGACUCUCCAAAGCUCGGCACGGAAAGCUGCGCAGAUUCUGGUGUCGGCCGUACCGCAGGAGAAACUCACUGCCCAUGCGGAGUACCUUGUGGCUUCGUCCGAGGACUCUAUGGCUAUGGAGCCAUCGAAAAGAAAGCUCAAUGUGUACAACGUCAGUAUGGAAUGCUUCGCGGGUCCAUCCUCGGCUUCUCAGGAAUCAAUGGCUUGGCUAGCUUGCUGCCUCCUCAAAUCGCCUAACAAAGAUAUGAGCACAUGCGUUCCUCAGCUCGCCGACUUGCGACACGCAGCCGAGACCAUCUAUACCCAGCUCUGCGUCAAACGUCCAGAUCAUGACCUCGUGUCACGGAUGAUUGAUCUCUUCACUUGGACCCUCGGUGGAAUGUACGACUUUGUCGAGCGGACAGGUAAAAGCUCGAUAUCUGAAGACGACGCAAAGGAUGCUAUACAAAACCUUGGGCAGAUCAUUUCUGCGUCCAUGCGCAAAAUACGCACGAGACUGUCUGGAUCCAGUGCCAGAUGGAAUCAAUCUCGCCUGAGUCAGAUUCAUGCAAAUCUAGGUGUGCACUUGACUUUGGCGAGGAAACGAUGGAAGAGGGAACAAGUGGACAAGAUGCAAGGGUUGAGAAUGGGUGAGGGCGGAGCAGGCGGUCAGUUGCAGUUGGCAUUUGGGGCGAUGUGAAGGCGCUGGUUCGGAGUGAGGGGAGAAACGACAAUGAUACGAGCUGGACGACGCUUCAAUAAACUUUUAACGUAGAGU